AGAACUCUGAAAUCAUGGCCGGGAAACCCAAGCUGCACUAUAGCAAGGGAAGGGGAAGGAUGGAAUCAAUCCGCUGGCUGUUAGCAGCAGCUGGGGUUGAGUUUGAGGAAGAAUUCAUAGAAACGAAGGAAGACCUAGAAAAGUUACGCAAUGAUGGAGUCCUGCUGUUCCAGCAAGUGCCCAUGGUGGAGAUCGAUGGGAUGAAGAUGGUGCAGACCAGAGCCAUCCUCAGCUACAUUGCAGGAAAGUACAACCUGUAUGGAAAAGACCUGAAGGAGAGAGCCUGGAUUGAUAUGUACGUGGAAGGAACAACAGACCUGAUGGGAGUGAUCAUGCAUCUCCCUUUUCAACCAGCUGACACAAAAGAAAAAAAUCUUGCCUUAAUCAUUGAACGAGCUGCAACCAGGUACUUUCCUGUUUAUGAAAAGGUAAGUGAUAAAUCACCAGUCGUCCACAAAGACA